AUGCUGUAUUUACAUGUAUAUGAACUAAAUAAAAAAUUAUGAUGUUUAUAUUUCGUUGUAUGGUCAUAUGAUCAAACAAAAAAAAAAUAAAGAAAAAUUUUGUAGAUCUCAGAACAAUAUCUAAAAUUAUCUAGUUAUAUACAUUUUAUUGUCAUUUGACGAAAUGAUGAAAUAUAUUUAUUCAUUAAGAGACAUUUCUAUGUACUGAUCAUUUCCUGCUAGUACCGCCAUUUUGUAACUUGCUUCUAGCAUCGUGUCAUUGGUACUUCCUUUCCGGUUAGCUCUCGAACAAAGGUUUGUGUUUUUGUCAAUUUUCCACAGUUUGACAUAUUAUUGUAGCAAAAAGAGUAAUGUAAGUUACAAUUAUAAAUUAAUUAAGAUACAUUGCACAAUGUUUAUAUAUAUUUUGAAAUACGUACGCAACUUAGCUUUACAGUACUACAAUACACGUGUAAAAUAAACGUAUACCAUGUACGAUAUUUGCAUUGUUGACUAUUUUUUACUAUUGUGUUUCAGAUGCCUUCCGUGACGCUGAAAGACGUUGACCAACACAAAUUCGUAAAGGCCUUCGCUGCCUUUUUGAAAAAGUGAGUAAUUUCAAUACCGUAAACAGAACUAACCUCAACAAAAGUAUUCACGACGUGGAAGCUUGUUACAAAUCAACAAUGGAAUAUGUAUAUAUCUAUUACUUUCUUCAACUAUCCUGAGUAUUUAAUUUGUUUAACAUUUUAGAACUGGCAAAAUGCGAGUUCCAGAAUGGGUGGAUAUUGUGAAGUCUGCGCGUUUCAAAGAACUUGCCCCAUAUGAUCCAGAUUGGUAUUACAUUAGGUGUGCAGCCUUGGUUCGUCACAUCUAUAUUCGUAGUCCAAUCGGUGUUGGAGCUGUAACGAAAAUCUUUGGUGGACGCAAACGUAAUGGCACUCACCCCAGCCAUUUCUGCAGAUCUGCAGGUGGUGUCGCACGUAAAGCUCUGCAAAGCUUAGAACAGUUAAAGCUCAUCGAGAAAGCUCCACUUGGAGGACGUAAGCUUACCAGCCAAGGUCGCAGAGACCUAGAUCGCAUCGCAGCUCAAGUAAAAGCAAAAAGCAAAAAGCAACUUAAGUUGCAAGAAACGCUUGUCCUUUAAUUUUUCUGUUUGUACAAUAAAAGUGAAAAAGAUUU